AGGUAUUCGAAAUGAACAUCACACGGUCAGGUAGCAGUGCCUAUUGGGAUUCCGAAGCUUGGAAUCCAGAUGAACGCGUUUAUGUCGGCGCCUCCGACGGGCAAACGCACCACUUGCAUGCGGUGAGCUCAGAUGAUGCGGCCCCUGGUGAUGGGUACAGGACCGAACCCACCACAAAGGCGCUCGAUCUCUCCGUGACACUGCAGGCAAACCCAGGAGAGCGUGGCCAAGGUGGCGAUUAUUGGGACGCAUUUGAGACAGCAGCGCCUGCCCGACUUGAUCUUCAUCAGUUGGAUGACUCACUGCGCGCGAAGCAAGGCCUUGCCGGAGGCAAUUUCCUGUCAGACAGUGCAUCGCGUGAUGGUUCCUCGUACUGGGAUGAAUAUCGAAGCAGUGGAGCAGGCCGACAAAGUGCUCCGUCUGAGAAGAAAGUGCCUGAAAAGCAGGAGAAAGACCUCAAGCGGGUCAACAGCGGUGCAUACUGGGAUGCGGAGCAGUGGGAUCCAGACCAGCGUGUGUAUGUCGGUGCGGAAGCUGGAAUGCAAAACCACUUGCAGGCUGUGGAUCCAACGAAGGAUGAAGUGACUGUGUGGCGGGCAUGGGCUGGCGGCUUGUCGAGCCAGACGUUGGGGCACGAUGGCGACACGGGCCCACUGAUUGACCUCAGAGAAUCCAGCGCAGAUGCCAAAGUGAAACUUGAGGAUCUUUAUGAGGUCCUGGAGGAGUCUGUCGGCUGCGGCAGUUUCGGGGUGGUGCGGAGGUGUCGGCACAAAGGUUCGGGAAGAACGUGCGUGAUCAAAAGCGUUCGCAAGGACGCCGCAGGUGAGAGGUACCGUGCUUUGUUGGUUGACCGGCAUCUUGGUGAGAAGCUUUUGUGGAUGUCAAAGGAGGCCCAGCACCCCAACAUUGCAACCUACCUUGACAUGUUGGAGGGCCCGCAGCACUUCUUUGUCGUUAUGGAGGAACUUGCUGGUGCAGAGCUGAUGGAGCAGGUGGAGGAGUGCUUCCCUGUCACCGAGGCAUACCUGCAGCGUGUGAUGAAGCAGAUCCUGUCAGCCUUAUCGCAUCUUCACAACAAAGUUUGCCUCGUGCAUCGAGACGUGAAGCUAUCAAACUUCCGCUUUCGCAACGCAGAAGACUCAGCCAAUUUGGCGUUAUUAGAUUUCGGGUUUGCUACAAGCACGAGUGAGCCUUGGGACGGCGCGGUGUGCGGAACCUUAAUGUUCAUGGCGCCAGAGGUGCUCGGGUCAACAGCAGCCACCCCCCACUUGGCCGCCAUGGAUGUGUGGGCUGCAGGGGUGAUACUCUAUGUGCUGCUGACAGGGGAUUCGCCAGCGCAAGAAGAUGAGGUGAGGGUCCUUGGGCGUGGAGGCCCUCCAGCUGAAGCAGUAUUGGAAAAGGCAUUGUCUGCAUCACAGCUACGCAGUGCAUCAGCAGAAUCUCUGAACCUCCUGAAGCAGCUGCUGGUGCUGGACCCAAGUCAGAGGAUCACUGCUGAAGAAGCUUUACGGCACGAUUGGUUUCACGUGGACGGAUCAGUGCGCAAGGUCGAUGUGCCAGCCAUCAAGUACCAGCGUCAACGCUCUGCAAGCAGAGGUUCUGAGGUCAGCACGCCAACGUCUGCAAAACGAGAGAAGACGCCCAAGAAGCUUGACCUGCCACAGCCGGCGUUCACACCUCUUGAGCGAAUUGUGUCUGAGGGCGUUGAGGAGAUCAAAGACUAGCUGCGACUCAAACGGCCGAAAUAGAUAGAUAUUUUCUCUGCGCACCUUUCCGCCUGAAACCUACCCAUGGCCUAUGGCGGAUGCGGCGAAGGCAAGCAGCAGCCUGCGCCUUUGAAGUUGCGCUGCAGCUUGCAGGCCCAGAAGAGGCGCAAAGUGUCUCAGUCCUCCCUUUUCAAGCCGUUUUAGCAUUGCUCCAGCUCUGACAAGAAUUGUCGGAUGGAAACGCUGAGCAUUUGCCCAAAGUGGCCUUGGUUGCCUCUUUGUCCUCCCAAGAUUGCGCUUUUAACGCCAUGUCAGAAA